AUGGCGAGAGGACAUGUAUUGGCAGUGCCAUAUCCAGCGCAAGGACACACCACACCAAUCCGCCAAUUCUGCAAACGACUUCACUCCAAAGGUCUCAAAACCACUCUCACUCUCACCUCUUUCCUCUUCAACUCCAUCAAACCUGACACAACUGGUCCAAUCUCCAUAGCCACCAUCUCUGAUGGCUACGACCACGGCGGAUUUGGCUCAGCUGGCUCCAUCGGCGAAUACCUCCAAAACUUCAAAACCUUCGGCUCCAAAACCAUUGCAGACAUCAUCCGCAAACACCAGUCUAGUGAUAACCCCAUCACUUGCAUCGUCUAUGAUGCUUUCAUGCCUUGGACACUUGACCUUGCCAGAGAGUUUGGUUUAGCUGCGGCUCCAUACUUUACGCAGUCGUGUGCUGUGAACUACGUUUAUUAUCUUUCCUACAUAAACCAUGGAAGCUUGAAGCUUCCCGUAAAGGACUUGCCGUUUAUUGAGCUCCAAGAUUUGCCUUCCUUCGUCUCUGUUCCCGGAUCUUACCCUGCUUACCUCGAGAUGGUGCUUCAACAGUUUACAAACUUCGAGAAAGCUGAUUUUGUACUCGUUAAUACCUUCCAAGAUCUGGACCUUCCUGAGAAGGAGUUGUUGUCUAAAGUUUGUCCUGUGUUGACAAUUGGUCCGAGUAUUCCAUCAAUGUACUUAGACAAACGGAUCAAAUCAGAUACAGACUAUGAUCUGACUCUCUUUGAUUCGAAAGAUUCUCUCAUAUGCACUAACUGGCUCGACACAAGGCCCCAAGGGUCGGUGGUGUAUGUAGCAUUUGGGAGCAUGUCUCAGCUGAAUAAUGUGCAGAUGGAGGAGCUUGCUUCAGCAAUAAGCAACUUCAGCUUCCUGUGGGUGGUCAGACCUUCAGAGGAGGCAAAACUCCCAUUAGGGUAUCUUGAGACAGUAGAUAAAGACAAGAGCUUGGUCUUGAAAUGGAGUCCUCAGCUUGAAGUUCUAUCAAACAAAGCCAUCGGUUGCUUCUUGACUCACUGUGGCUGGAACUCAACUCUAGAGGCUUUGGCUUUAGAGGUUCCCAUGGUGGCUAUGCCUCAAUGGACCGAUCAACCGAUGAACGCAAAGUACAUACAAGAUGUGUGGAAGUGUGGAGUUCGUGUGAAGAUAGACAAGGAGAGUGGGAUUGUCAAGAGAGAGGAGAUUGAGUUUAGUAUAAAGGAAGUGAUGAAGAGCAAAGAGAUGAAGGAAAACGCAAAGAAAUGGAGAGACUUGGCUGUCAAGUCACUCAAUGAAGGAGGCUCUACAGAUAUCAACAUUGACACGUUUAUAUCAAAGGUUCAGAGCAAAUAA